CGCCCGCCGGAUGCGGCGCGGCCCCAGCGUCUCGGCCGCCUGCAGCCUCUCGUAACCCCUGGCGUCCGCCGGCGGCGCAGCUGCGCCAAUUCUCAAACGGCUCCGCGCCGGGCGCGGCGCCGGACUGCGGAGCCCGGGCCAGACCCUGCGCAAUUUGCGUAGCGACCGGCGCCCGCGCAGGCGCAGGAGGGGGCGGAGCAGCGGGAGCCGGGGAGCUGGAGCCCCGGGUCCCAGCGACCGGAGCCGGCUCCCCCAGCGGCGGCCUGAGGACCCGGCGUCCGCCUCCUCGGGUCCCCCGCGGCUGGAGGGUGGACGCAGUGGGGGUGGGGUGGAGGCAGCGUCCGGAAUCCCGAGGACGGAAGGCAGAGGCCCUCCCCAUCCGGAUCAUUGGAGGGGAGAGAUCUCCCCAGUUUGGGGAGGGGGAGAGCCGGGCGUUGAACGCCCCCCGCAGCGGCCGCUGCCCUGAGCCCACGGGCAUCGGCCGGCUCUCCCCCUCCUGCCGGGACGACUCGAGCGACCAAGGCCAGGGACCUCUCUCCUUCAGCCUCUGCAGUCCCCUACCCCGGCUCUGGGGUGGUGCAGGGGAGACACCCCCCACCCACCUCCUCUACCCUGGAGAGGAGAGACUGCCCUUCCACGCCCCGAGUGAGGGGCGCAGGCUCCAGGCUGCCCGUGCCCCGCUGCAAGGGCGAGGGCCCCUCUGUGGAGGGGGAAGGGCCUGGUGAGCCGCAACUUCUUUCCUCGCGAGCGCCCCAUCUCCAUCUCUGUACCCUGCAGCUCCCACCCCUCCGUAUUUAUUUCCCUGGCCCCCUGCCAGCCCCUCCAUCUCUGUCUCCGGGAUUCAGGCCUCCCUCCCUGACAUGGAGAGUAACCUAUCUGGCCCGGUGCCUGCUGCUGGGCUGGUGCCUGCCCUGCCACCUGCUGUGACCCUGGGGCUGACCGCGGCCUACACCACGCUGUACGCCCUUCUCUUCUUCUCCGUCUAUGCCCAGCUCUGGCUGGUGCUGCUCUAUGGGCACAAGCGUCUCAGCUACCAGACGGUGUUCCUGGCACUCUGUUUGCUUUGGGCUGCCUUGCGUACCACCCUCUUCUCCUUCUACUUCCGAGACACCCCCCGUGCCAACCGCCUGGGGCCUCUCCCCUUCUGGCUUCUCUACUGCUGCCCUGUCUGCCUGCAGUUCUUCACGCUGACCCUCAUGAACCUCUACUUUGCCCAGGCGGACCUGGUGAAUGACCUGGGGAACAAGGGCUACCUGGUGUUUGGCCUCAUCCUCUUUGUGUGGGAGCUGCUGCCCACCACACUGCUGGUGGGCUUCUUCCGGGUACACCGGCCCCCGCAGGACCUGAGCACCAGCCGCAUCCUCAACGGGCAGGUCUUUGGCUCCCGUUCCUACUUCUUCGACCGGGCUGGGCACUGCGAGGACGAGGGCUGCUCCUGGGAGCACAGCCGGGGCGAGAGCACCAGGUGCUGGGACCAGGCGGCCACCACCACAGUCUCUACUCCACCCCACAGACGUGAUCCCCUUCUGUUUCCCCCCAGAACACCCAGACCCCAGUCCUCCUACCCCAGGCCCCUGUGCCAAGUUCACCUGCCGCUUCUUGCCCAGGAUCCUGGGGGCUGUGGCUGCCUCUUCCCCUGGCCGGCUGCUUGCUACUCUUGUUGUAGUGAGCUUAUGCCGUCCCCUAGGAUGGGAGGCAUGGCCCUGGUUGCCAGAUGCCCACAGCGCCUUGGCAUGACCUGCUGCCUCCGCUUCUACACUGGAGCCAGCGACCUCUCCUGCACCUGCCACUCAAUAAACAGUGUCUGUGCCCCGCGUCCAUUCACUGUCUGUCGGUUGUCCGCUGUGUGUUCCUUGCUUCGUCACCUGUUUAGCUGAAGGCUGAUCAGACACCUGCCCUUGAAGGGGGCUGCUGGGCAGGGAGAGGGAGGAGCCUGCCUUCUCAGGGGAAGGAAGAGCCCUGCGCCCCCUCCAGUCCCUCCCUGGUUGAACAAUUGCUACUCUUUCCUCAAGACCUGCUCCAAAUGUCACCUCCUUUAGGAAGCCUUCCAUUUCCAGGUCAGGGAACCAUGUGCCCCCCUUUGGGUACCGUGGCCCUGUGGUUAUGUGGCUAUUACGCAUCCCACCCCCCGUGGAUUGGGAUUUCUGGAGACCCUGUUUCCCUGUCUUCACGUCCAGCCUGGCCUUCCGGGCCAGGGUCUGGUCCAGGGCCUGUGGAUGAGGAGCUGGCCGGGGGCUGAGCAGCCCCCAUCUCCCUACCAGGUGUGGAUUUGGUCAGAUGGGGGGUUGCCCCCACACAGUCUGGUGGUCCUGGAGGCCCCUAAUAGCACAGUCACCACCUUCUGACAUAGCCCUGGCAGAUCUGUCUGGUGGCUGGGAGUCCUUGAUCAGAGGAUCUGUCUCCUGCCCACAUACCUGGCUGUCCCAGCUCCUCGGAGUGCCUGGGGCCUAGCACGGAGCCUGUCUUGAAACCCUUCACUUGGAACUAUCCUGGACACCAGGCCUUCAGAGCUUCUAGAGCGGGCAUCUGAGACUAAGAAUCAGCUGGAAAGGAAAAUUGCUAACAUUGUGGGGCCCUUUAUUGUGGGUGCCAGGCUCUGUUUUGAGCAUUUACAAAUACCAACCUCUUUAAUGCUUAGAACCACACCCUGAGGUGACAAUUAAUCAUGCCUUUUCUGUAAGCGGGCUCCAGAGAGACUGGUAACCUGUCUAGGCCCCCUACUUGGGGGGUGGUCGGCCUUAGAGCGCAGCUCAAAACCACCCACCUAGGGCUAAGGAGCCCAGGCAAGAGAAGGGUCUUUGGAGAGAUGGGGUUGUAAAGUGGGUAAGGGCGGA